AUCGCAAAGUAUUUUGGGAAUUGUAGGCGGUGAUGACCUGACAAUUUUCGCUGCAGCAUGGAAGAAUCCGGUCUUUGCGAAAAUGCCUCUGAUUCAGAAGAGGACAGAUGUUCAGAUGAUGAUUUUGGACCUUCAAAUCUUGGAACUAAAGAGUAUUGGGAAGAUGCAUAUCAAAGAGAACUCGAAACAUUCAAAGACAUUGGAGAUGUUGGUGAGAUAUGGUUUGGAGAGGAAAGCAUGAACCGUGUCCUUCAAUGGAUGGACAAAGCGAAGAUCCAAGAAAAUGCUGCCAUUCUUGAUAUUGGCACUGGAAAUGGAGUCUUUUUAGUUGAACUGGCUAAACACGGAUACAGGAACCUGACUGGUAUAGAUUAUUCUCCAGCCUCUGUAGAAUUGGCUAGGAAUGUGCUGCAGGCAGAGGACUUGAGAGAGGUCACUGUAAAGGAGAUGGACUUUUUAAACUCUCAUGGUGAGCUGAAGGGUUUUGAUGUCUGCAUUGACAAAGGAACAUUUGAUGCAGUCAUCCUAAACCCAGACAACACAAAGGAGAUCAAGAAACUCUAUGUCCAAGCUCUCAAAGAUGCUCUCAAGGACAAAGGAUUCUUUGCAGUUACCUCUUGCAACUGGACAAAAGAACAGCUUCUGGCUAGGUUCACAGAAGGAUUUGAAUUUGUUGAGGAGUUACCAACACCAAAAUUCCAGUUUGGAGGCAAGAUGGGCAACAGUGUGACAUCACUUAUAUUCAAGCGAGUAUAUUAAUUCAAAGUAUAUAGUAUAUUAAUUUGGCAGUGGAAGUUCUCCUACCUGCACGUCUUUUUUUUUUUUUGUACCAGACUGAAUGAUUUUGUUUAUUUUUAUUCUACAGACUAUGUAAUGAUGCAGAACUUGAGUGAGGCAGUUCUGAUUUCAAAUAAAUAGUUUAUCA